AUUUUAGUUUUGUAUCUCGCUGUGCACCUGUUAUUAUUUUCAAAGUAUAGUAAAAAAUUAGUGUUUUCGUAUUGUGUAUGUGAGUGCAGUGAUGUUAUUUGUUUUUAAAUUUGGCGAAGUGGAGUGGAAGAAAAUCCGCAUUGAACUAUUUUUAGUCGGUGUCAGUAUCUGUCUUGCCAAAAACUAGAACAUAGGUUAGUCAUAACCGGGAUCUUCCAUCAGUUCCAUUUAAUUAGUUUGCAUUAAUACAAAAAAUUCUGAUUUUCGUGUUAUUUUCGGUGUUUUGCAAGAGAAUAAAAACAACGAGAUACCGUCCGGAAUUGAAAGUGUGAAGUGAGUACAUUUAACCAGUGAAAGAAGCGUUAACAUGAGUACAAAAUUGCGCGUGCGUACUCCGUCGCCCAAAACUGUCACUUUCGAUCCUUCGCCUCCUACGACUUUGGAGAGGAAACCGAGAAAAUUAAUAUUCAAAAAUUAUGCUGAAUGGGAACAGUAUCUUUAUGCCCUACUUGCCGAUCUUCAGAAUACAGUUUCUGGUUCGGGUGUAACAAAUUAUUCUGGGUACUCACAAAGAAAUAUACGUUAUUCUCCAGAUAGAGAUGAUCAUACAACAAAAACAGAAACAUAUUCAUUAAAAUCAGCAGGAACUUACGGUAAAGUUCCACCGAAUUCCGGCAAUAGAAGUCCAAGUUACGGCUUAACCGGGAGCGGUGCUCACAGUUCAGGUUCGUCAACAAUGGAAAAAAGACCAUUCAAUAACAACUUAGAUGAAUUAGAUUCUUUGCUACAGGAUUUAAGUAAUAGCCGACAUAAUGGGACGGAAAAUAUGAAUGGCAGCCAUUACAAUGGGUCUAUGCGUGAUUCUGGAGCUCGCAGUCCUUCAAAUUAUUCUAGACCAUCCAGUGCCCAAAGUACUUUGAACAGACCAUCUGUUGAUAGUUUAUUGGAAGAAUUAAAUUCUGGAGACGUUAUUUACGCUGGUCCUAAGAAAGUUGUUAUAACAGUGAAAGAAACCAAAACUGAAACGGGUUACCCUGGUGAAACUGAAUUACUUUCUUCUCAUGUAACUCAUACUGCAGCAUCUACAGCAACUAGGGAACUUGAUGAUUUAAUGGCUAGUUUGUCAAAUAUUAAGGUGAACCAGGGACCUCAGCAUUCUACGGUCUCCGAAUCGCAGUACGCUCGUCCUAUUAAGGCUACUCAAACCCAGAGUGCCCCUCCACCACCAAGGGAGAAUUUGGAUUCUAUGCUAGGAAAUCUCCAAGCAGACAUGAGUCGUCAAGGAGUCAACACUAGCCAAAAGGGAUGCUGCAACGCCUGCGAUAAACCCAUCGUUGGACAAGUCAUCACCGCCUUGGGUAAAACAUGGCAUCCAGAGCAUUUCACUUGUGCUCAUUGUAAUCAAGAACUAGGUACUAGAAACUUCUUCGAAAGAGAAGCAAAACCCUAUUGCGAACCCGACUAUCACAAUUUAUUCAGCCCCAGAUGUGCCUACUGUAACGGACCUAUCUUAGAUAAAUGCGUUACAGCUCUGGAAAAAACUUGGCAUAUGGACCACUUCUUUUGUGCUCAAUGUGGCAAACAAUUCGGAGAAGAAGGCUUCCACGAACGUGAGGGGAAACCCUAUUGUCGUGAUGACUAUUUCGAUAUGUUUGCUCCGAAAUGUGGAGCUUGCAAUCGCGCUAUUAUGGAAAAUUAUAUCUCAGCUUUAAACGCCCAAUGGCAUCCUGAUUGUUUCGUAUGUAGAGACUGCAGACAACCUUUCAUUGGGGGCUCUUUCUUCGAUCACGAGGGUCAGCCGUAUUGUGAGACGCACUACCAUCUUAAAAGAGGUUCGCUGUGUGCUGGAUGCCACAAACCUAUUUCAGGUCGAUGUGUUACAGCCAUGUUUAAAAAAUUCCAUCCGGAACAUUUUGUAUGCGCUUUUUGUCUCAAACAAUUGAAUAAGGGCACAUUUAAAGAACAAAAUGAUAAACCAUAUUGCCAUACAUGUUUUGAAAAAUUGUUUGGUUAGAAAGUCUAUUUUUGUAUAUUUGUAAAGGAAGUUAUUCCAAUAUAUUUUCAAUAUUUUUAUAACAACAUCAUAUAAUUGAUAAGUGAAUUGUAAUAUGUGGUAACUUUAGCAAAUCACAAAUUAGCUUAAAUCGGUCUUUUCUGUAGCAAUAUUUUUUUUAUCUAAUAUUUCUGUAGUCUCUCAACAUGUACUAGCUAUCUAAUUGUGUAUCCCAUAAUAACCAUACCCAUUCCAGGCUCCUUCAAUUCUUUAUUAGUUCUUCUCCAUCCAUCCCUUCUUCCCCUUUCUGUCUACCAACUCUCUUGUUCUUCUGCAUAUUUUGGCUUUCAGCUCUAACUCUUCUACUUUUGUUUUUUAUAUUAAUAUCCAAAUAUUCAUAGAUAUAUAAAAUUUCAAACCCUCUCGAAGUCAUAUUAUUUGUCUCUGUUAUUUUAUAAAGGAUAAUGAUCCUGUAUUUUCUUCAUUUCAAAACCUUGUGUCAUUUUUUUAAGUAGACAUUUUAACUUGUUAUAAAAUAUUAAUACAUUAUAGUUUUAGUAUAUUUUAAAUGUGAAUAUAUUGGGGUAAUUUUUUUCAUAUAUUGACGGUUUCAUUGGUUUAAAUACAUUCUAAUCAAUUAAUAGGGGUCUAAAGGAAAUUUUAUAAAAUAAUUGCUGAACAAAUUCAAAUAAUCUUCAAUAUUCUUGUUUUUAAUGUAGAUUUUAAUUCUAUCAUUUUUUUCGUUGAAUGAAGAGUAAUAUCAAGAAAAGAAAUUAUCAGCAUAUUAUUAAAAUAUAAAUAUUAUUCACAGUAAUACAACAUAAAGGAAUAAUUAUUAUUUUUGCUGCUUUUUUAAUAUUUGUAUAUCUUUAUUUAUUAUAAUAUUAAACUAUUUGUUGAAAUUCUGGUAUUUAUUUCUUGCUCUUAAUCAGCAAUCAAUUUAAAACAGUCAAAAUUGAAAUAAUACCCACAUUUAUUCCAAUUCUAUUGUAAUUUGUUUAAUUUAUUUACAAUUUUAUUCUUUUGAUUAUAUUGACUGUUCUCAUACACUAAUCAUUUCCAUUUUCCCAAAAUCAUUAAUUAACAAAAAAUUAGAAAAAUAUUAAUUGGAUGAAUAUUAAUACCUUACAAUUGUUUUAUUCUGAUUUAUUUCGUCAUAAUCCUGAAAGUACAAUUCCUUGAAGUUUUAAAUAAUAAAAUUUUUUGUUUUUGUAUUUUUGUUCAUAAACACGAAAGCAGUAAAAGUUGUCGUUAAAUGUGAAUUUGGAUAGAAAAAUUAAAACAUGUAUUAAUGAGUUUUAUCAAUUUACUACAGUGCCAUAAGAUCUGUACAUAUCUUGAAAGGUCUCUUUAGAAAAAUACCUUCAUAUUUAUAUUUCUCAACCAUUGACUAUCAACACUGUUAUAUUUUCCCAACUCUUCUUUCAUCAUUUUUGACUCUUGAACCUACUAUAUUAACUAGGACUCAAGAUUUUGUUUCAUUUUUUACUUUUUAGUAUACAUUUAUAAAGUGGUUAUUUCAAAAUAUAUUAUUUGCUGAUAAUUUCCUAUUCCUAAUGUUUACACUAUGUAUCAUAAGAUCCUCAUAUUGUGAUUUUUAAAAUCAUUCUAUAAAUAUCAAAUAUAAGCAAAAAUAAGAAUUAAUAACAACUUUGAAAACGUUUGCAUCUUCUCAUAAAAUCAUUUUGAUUAUUUUCAAUGUAUUGCAUUGCAGAUAACUUUAAUGUCAAUAGUAAUUUCUAAAUAUUGAUAUUUUUAUAAAUGUUCUAUAUAUGGUUUCAGUGACAAUUUGCUUAUGUUUUUCAUCAUAAAUUUAUUGAAUAUUUCAUAUAAUGAUCAAUGUGAUUAUUUUCCUAUAUUGAACAUGUUAUUAAAUAGCCAUUGUCCUGGGAAUAUAUAUUUUACUUAUCUAGUUCGAAAGAAAAACGAAAUUGAAAUUUUACGAUACGACCUACUAAUGAUAAUAAAAAGUGUGUCCAAAUUAACAUUCUUAUUAAAGUAUUGCAAUGUUACUUAUUUUAUGUAUAUUUUGGAUAAUAACAAUGCUAGUAAAAUUUGUGAACAUAUAAAAAAAUACAUUAUUUUGUUUGAAAUAUUUAUAAUUCAUAUACAUUUGUAACGAAGCUAAAGAGUAAUAACGUUAUUUUUAUCAAUUCCUGGUGUAUAGGAAAUCUCAGUAUAUUCGCUUAUUACAAAGUAUUAAUUUUUACCUAUAGCUUUCUCACUCUAAAAUCAAUACUUUGUAGGACUGAAAAUUCACUGUAAUAGCUAUAGAGAAGAUUUUUAUCGAAAUAAUCAUAUGAUUUCCUUGAUACUCAUCAGAAGCCAAUUCAUAUAUUACUACCGUGAUGGAAAAAAUAUUCAGUGUUGAAUCUUUCCCAUUAGGUGUUUAAUACUUUUUGACAUUAGAUGAUACUUCUCUUUUUAAUAGUAGAAUCCAUCCUAGAUUAAUGUUAAUUACUCUUUUUGUUGAAGUUUUAAAAGCUAACUUGUAUUUUUAACAUUAAGAUGGUUUUAUUCUGAAACACAAUUGGUAAGCAUAGAGAGUUUACCCAACUUAACGUCAUUUUAUUAUUUAUAAUGCUUAAGCUACUAACAUUGUUUUUCCCCUAGAUUCAUAGUGUUAUUUCAAAAUAUAUUUGUCUUCUUUAUUACCUAUAAACGAAAUUAAUUUCUUGUAGCAUUAACGUAGGUACUUACUAAUAGUUGUUUUUCAUAUUUUAUUAUAUUACUGAACAAUUAAUUAAUUCAGAAAUACUUUUAUUCUUAACAAUUGAUCAUUUUAUAAAAAUGAUUAUCUGUAAUUGCUUGAUUCAAACAACAUUUUUGGGCGAGUUAUUUUCCAAGUAUCUCAUUUAUUGCUUGUUUCUAUAUUAAAUAAUGCUAAAACUUGUUAGCAUAAAUAUUUUUAAUAUAAAGGUGAGUUUAGUAUGACCACAGAUUUCAAUUAUGGAUUUCAAAUCAUCAAGUUCUGUUGAGAGAUGAAUAUUUCUCUUUAUAACAUUCAAUUAUGUAGCACAUGAUUGAGAUAUAUUUUAUUGUGUCGUAUAUUAACAGUUGAGAAGCUCCAAUGCGUCUCUGAUGAUAAUGGUUUGCCAAGUUGCAUAGUGGAGGCUUCAUACAGAAGGGUAGUAAAUAGAAAUGAAAAAUAUUUAUUUCGACGUGUGAGGUGUUGAGAGAUGUUGAGUGCGCCCUAAAAAAUUUGCCAUUCAAAAGACGGUCGAUUCAGAAGUUCAUAACAAAAUUUUUUAGAAUGCACAAUGCAAACACAAAAUUUCAAGAACCGAAUAUAAAAAAUCAAAGUAUGAGAUAUUCUUUUGACAAAAAAAUUGAAUCAAAUUGUCAGAAAUGCUUUUUGAUUUUAAUCAUUAUCUUCAAGUAUGUGUAAGUGUUAAAUAUAAAAGAAAGAUCGAGGGAGUAAAGGGGCGUGGAAUGUGAAUACAUACUUCAUUGCAUCUAUACAUACUAAACUUUGUCAAUGAAAUGGAAUCGCACAUUUAGUCGUGAUUCUCAUACAUCCCUACGAUAUGCUUAAAUUGCCAGAUGAUUGGAAUUGAUACUUAAUUGAUGCUCUCUAGUAGUUAAAUGGCUUUUGGGAAACUAUGGCCUAUCACCUGAGUGCGAAUCGUAACCCAGAUCGAGAUUUUGAUCGCAAUAUUGCUUUCAAUUUUCGGUGGAAAUUUCAAAUAUACAUGAUCUACACAAACUUUUGAUUUCUAUUACUUUUUCCGUGGAUCAAUUUCUCCAUGAUAUUUAUUCAGCUGCAUGAUAAUAUAUUCUAGAUGUUUAAUAAUUGAUUUUGAACGAAUUAUAUAUAUUUUGCACCAAAGUUUAAUACCCAUAAUAUAUUUUUAUGUUGAAAAGUCUAUAAGUAUAAAAGCCGUAAGCCUUAGUCCUCUUGAUGAUAUUUUAGUGACUGCCUACAUGUACGAUUCUUUAGAAAAUAUUUAUACAUAGUAGGGGAAGCCCAUGCAAGACGAAUAUGUUAAGGCAAAGGAUAAAAAAGCACUAAAAUUUCUGAUCAAUAAUAGUCUUUUUAUUUUUAAUUUGUUCUUUGGUAAAUUAUCUUUGGAAAUUACAAAUAAAAACUUUGGAACUUGAACAAUGCUUACAUAAAUUUUUGAUUACAAAAAACUGUCUAUUAUCCGUUUUGCCCGAUCCCCCAGGGUAAAACGGAUACACCUCCAUGGCAAAAAGGAUAAGUAAUGCAAUUGGUGUUUUAGUCUUCACCCUCAUCGCAGUAUCUGAUCCGACAUAACAAGUACAGUUCUCUUGAGCCCAUCUCUUGCAUUGGUUGCACUCUAUCCAAUCUUUGGUAGGCGGUUCAGUAUAUACUUCUGAUCACACUAAACAGAAGUAAGACUUUUAGGUUGUUGUAUGUUUAGUUUUGCUGAGACCUACUAACUCUGCUUUUUUAACCUUCCUUUUUUUAAAAUAUUCACCACUGAUUUUUGCCUUUUGUGUUUUCGAUUUGUUAUUGGAGCAGCCUUGGUCGGUAUUGGGUCUGAUAUGUAACGUUCUAAGGCUUUGUUUCUCUAAUAGAAAUGGAAUGUUUUCAGAUGUUGAAUUAGCUGAUUUAAUAUUUUGAUCACAUUGAGGCACAGGUGUAGUAGAACUCUUGGAUUCUUUUUCCAUAAGAAUUUCGGAUGUACUUAUAAGUUAAAGCGUUGACGUUGAUGAUCUAGCUAUGGGAUAGUCAUUUGAAUUAGUUAAUGGAUCAUUUAAACAGUGAGUCUCUACAUUUGUUGUUGGAGCGUCAGUCAUUGUAGAUAAAAAUGCAAUACUAGAAACAGCCAUUGUUGACAAACCAUCGGUAGUGUUCGAUAUUGUGACAUUUACAGGGUGGUCAGUUACUGUGACAGAGUAUCACUUAUAUUACUAAAUACAUUUGGAUUAUAAGGCUAACUUCCUGGUUUAAAAAAUGUACUUGUUGAAUUCUAGGCUGAAGCACUUUUUAUGUAAGCUCCAACAAAUAGUUUUGCUACGUGAUACUGAUUCAGAUUCUUCCUGGGUGACUUUUUGAAACGUAUUCAAGUCUUGCUGAAAAUCCUUUUUUUAACGGUCCGUAGAAAGCCACGUCUAAUGGUAGCAUGUAGUGUGUGGUGCAAAUGAUAAAAAUAUAGUGUUAUUUUUUGACACAAACUCUAAAGCUGGAUAGAACUUGUGCGAUUUAUGUGUAUCAAGCAAGAAAAGAACUUUUCUGUUCACACUUGGGCGAAUUUUUUCCUCAAAAAAUUGCAACCAGCUUAAAAAAGCUUCCCCAUGGAUCUAGCCGUUAUCUGUGACGGUAGCUUGAGACCCUUCGUUUUCGAGCGAAAAUAAGAAGGUGGUAUAAAUGUACCUGCUGCAUUACAGCAGCAUAUAACAUUAGUUAGCUGACCCCUUUCCAUACUACUUAUGACGCCGACUUAUCUCUUUUCUUUCAUAGACAGGACCUGUAUACCAGUUUGAUCGAGUAUUCCUCUUACUAUGCAUCUUACCUGAGCUUUCCCCUAGAAGGACUCAACAACUUCCCGCUUUUUCUCCUUUUAUAGGAGUACUGCAGCACUAAAUAAAAUGUGUGUUAAGGAAGAAGGAAGAAGAAUGCAUGAAAUUUAAUUAAGGAAAUAAAUUAUAUCAGAUAACGAUAUUUCUUUAGAAACUAUUUCAAAUUUCGAAAUUAAUAUAAUAAAUUUUAUAAUUUACUGUGACAUUCAUUGACGAUCGGCUUUCUGAAUUUUAUAGUCAGUUAUUCUACGAUUGCUUUAAAUAUUUCAAAGUCAUUUCCAGCAAAUAUUUUCAUAAUUUAAAGAAAUAGCAAAACAUACUUAUCAACAUCUGUAAAACGAAAUGUACUGUUAUUUAAUAAUGUAAUACUCGUCAAAUUUGAAUCUGGUACUUUCACAGUUAAUACUACUUAAUUUUUUCUUUAAUUUUUUCUGCAAAAAUGGAAGUAUAAUUCUAUGUUUGAUAAAAAUGAUGAAUCUGCUUAAAAUGUAUUUUAGAAACCGCAGAUUUGUUAUUACAUUUUGAAAAUAAUUUGUUAUUAAUUAAAUACUUUAUAAUAGAUUGACAAUUUUUUCUAACUCGUAUUUUUAAGAAUGUAGCCAUUUUAAAUGCUUACUUAUCAUGAUAUGGGCGAGUAAAAAUUAUGAAUUGAAUAA